AUGACGAUGAGCAAGCCGCACGCCGCGUGCUCCCUCUUGCUAGCCCUGCUCAUCGGCCUCACGCGCCCUUCGCCGUGCGCGUCCUCCCUGUACAACCCCCCGCCGCCGGACAUGGCGUACCACCACGGCGGCGUGCUCGACGGCACCGUGCCGGUCUCCGUGCUCUACUACGGCGCCUUCUCGCCGCACCACAAGGCCGUCCUCGCCGACUUCCUGCUCUCGCUCUCCCCGCGCUCGCCCCCCCACGCCUUCGGCGCUCCGGCGGCCGCGUCGUCGGCGUCGGUGGCUCAGUGGUGGGAGACCGUCGACCGGUACGUGCAGAGGACCGGCAGGGAGCGGACGCGGGUGAUGCUGACCAACCAGGUGUCCGACGAGGGGUGCUCGCUGGGGAAGCACCUGUCGCGGCUCCAGGUCGAGCAGCUGGCGGCGCGGCUCGGCGUCGCCCCCGGCGGCGUGGCCGUCGUGCUCACCGCCGCGAACGUAGCGGUCGACGGCUUCUGCGGGAGCUCCUGCGGGCUGCACGGCUCGCUGGCGCCCGGCGGCGCGGUGCACGUGUGGGUGGGCAACGCCGCCGUGCAGUGCCCGGGCCGGUGCGCGUGGCCGUUCCACGCCGCGGACCCUGCCGCGGCGGCGACGGCAGGGCCUGGGCGCCACAGGGGCGGGGAGACUCCGCUCCGUGCGCCCAACGGCGACGCCGGGGUGGACGGCAUGGUGAUCAACCUCGCGGCACUGCUGGCCGGCGCGGUGACCAACCCGUACGGGCACGGAUACUUCCAGGGCGACGCCGGCGCGCCGGUGGAGGUGGGCGGCGGGUGCCCGGGAGUGUACGGGCGCGGUGCGUACCCUGGCUACCCCGGCGCGGUGAAGCUUGACACGGCCACCGGCGGCGGAUACAACGUGGUGGGCAGGAACGGCAGGAGGUACCUCGUGCCGGCCCUGCUCGAUCCCGCCAACUACUCCUGCCUUAUCAUGGCCUGA